GGCCGCUAGAUGGCGCGUUUGUAAAAUGGCGACUUAUACAAUCACGAGGAAUAUUUUACGGAGUCAUGGAAGUGUCCAUAAUCCACGUAAAUUUUUGCUCUUCGCCCAGCAAAAUAUCACACGAAAGCCACACGUGCAAGCCCGUAAUAUAAGGAAUGUCUCGGACCACUUUGGGCAUGACUACAUGCCUGAAAAAUCAAUGAGUUUGUUUGCCGGACUUGGCAUUGCAAGCGGUGUGUUCCUGUCGUCAUACAUUUUGAAGUACAGCGCUCGAAGACGGCUUUGUACGGCCUCGGCACAGUCUUCAGAAAGAAAUGAAACCAGUCAACGUUUCCUGUCUGAUGUCGAUGCUUCUCGUCUAAAGCUCACUCUUUACCAGUAUGAAGUCUGUCCCUUCUGCUGCAAGUUAAGGGCAUUUCUUGAUUUUUAUGGCGUCCCAUAUGACGUUGUUGAAGUUGAUCCGAUCCGCAGAAAAGAGUUGAAAUUUUCCAAGUACCGUAAAGUACCAAUCCUUAUACAAGAAGGACCAGCUAAUGAGAAGAUACAACUGAAUGACUCUUCAGUCAUUAUCAGUGCCUUGACUACGUACAUGAGCACUGAUGAGAAAGACUUCCUGAAGAUUGUAAGUUACUUCCCUCAAAUUGAAAUUCAAGACAAGAAGGGAAGGAAGUCAAUUGAGUUUGGCAACAAGUAUGAGAUCAUGACGGGAAUGCCAGGACGGACAGUGCAUGAAAAGGAAGAAAAGAAGUGGCGUGAGUGGGUUGAUGGUGUCCUAGUUCAUUACAUCCCACCUAACAUCUAUCGUUCCCCAUCUGAGUCAUUGCAAGCAUUCUCUUAUAUCUCAAGUCAUGGCAAGUACAGCACGAUUGAGCAGUUUGUCAUCAAGUAUGCUGGUGCUGUUGGAAUGUUUUUUGUUGCUAAGAAGCUCAAGAAGAAGUACAGUAUACCUGAUGAUGUUCGGUCAUGUUUGUACAGUGCAGCUUAUGACUGGAUCAAUGCUGUAGGGACUCGUAAAUUCAUGGGAGGUGACAAACCAAACCUCGCAGAUCUGGCUGUUUAUGGUGUCCUUAGCUCUAUUGAAGGAUUAGAUGCCUUCAAUGACAUGCUUCAGAAUACUAACAUUGGACCGUGGUAUCAUCGAACCAAGAAAGCAGUGAAGAGCACAGAUGGAGCCAGAUGAGUCACAACAAAUAUUCUUUUAGCUUGUUUGGUUAAUGUACAACAUGGAGAUCGAAAAUACCCGUGCAGUUGCAUUAUAUGUCCUACUAUAUCUACAAGAUAGAUGUGCUGAAAAUAUUGAAUCCUGAAAAGGCUUAAGAACACCUGGUCUAACUAGAAGUCCCUCAACAUUUGUAAUUCAUGUGUAAAUCACUGAUAUCUGAGCAAUUUUUAUUCCAUCCUUGUAAAGAAAUCAUAUUCUGUGACUUAGUUUAACCGUCUGAACAAGAGGGAAACGGCUUUCAACUUGAUAUCAAAAGUAAACCGAUUUGCUUGUCUAGACAAUUCCACUGACUUGGACUUCAUCUGUACAUCCAGACACAGUAGUGUAACACUUUGGGGAUGUUGUCGAGCCUCAAGAGGAAGGGAAUACUCUCCAUAAAGCAUUACUCAUGCAGUGAAAAUUGUAAAAUACAUUUGUAGGUUGUUUUCAUCUUUGGUCGUUUUAUUUUGUUUCGUUCUGUGUAUUUUUUUGCUGUUCAUUAAAAGUUCCUUGAAAAUAGUGGAGUUUCAUCUCUCCUGAACGACAUGAUUUGAGCAGGGUUCCAUUAAACAUUUUGUAGUUUUUACUGGAUGUUUAAAAUAGAUUUGACCUUAUUGUUAGUCCUUUGGCACAGAAGUCGAAAACAGGGAAACCUUUUUGAUUCUUUAACAACCUCUUCAAUCAAGAUUUUUUAACUGUUUUUUGUUAUGAACAUGUCAAACUGUUACAUAAUGCAUGGUCACGUUUCUUUUUUGGGGGGGGUGGCUGUGCCAGGGUGUUGUAGAUUUUUUUAUUUGAUAAUAUUGAUGGAUAAAAACCCUGGAAAAGCAAACCAGCAAACAAGUUGGAAGGAUUAAUAAAAUAAUCGCACCAUUGUGUUGACUUUUGAUUAGUUAAUGUUGAUUUUUGCUUUCAAUUCUACAGUGUGAAUGCUUUUUUUUUUCAAGGGACUCAUGAUGACAAGACUGUAUUCCUUGUAAGGGAAUAUCGAAUACAUUUUGUUGUAUUUUUACUAUAGAAAGAAGUAAAUGCGAAGGUUAUUGAGCUGAA